AUGGGAUUUUCUCUUACCCUAAUGGUUUUUGUGAACUGUGGAGGUGGUGGUUACUGGUUUUUCGAGCAUGCUCCGUGGAAUGGACUGACAGUUGCGGAUCUGGUCAUGCCAUGGUUUGUUUUCAUCAUCGGCACAUCAGUAGCAUUGGCUUUCCAUGCAAUGAUGAAAAGAGGAGUGAGCCGUAUCCAACUUUUGCGUAAACUGACUUGGAGGACCAUGAUCUUACUAGUGAUAGGGUUCUGCUUCCUUAACUACGGACCAGCAGAUGGUCCAUUAUCAUGGAGCUGGGCAAGAAUUCCAGGAGUUCUGCAGCGCCUUGGGUUUACUUAUUUCAUUCUGGCGUUGAUGCAGACCUGCUUUAGUAUAAAGGAUAUUGGCAGAUAUCAGGUAAGAUGCGCUUCAAUCCGAGAUAUUGUCCUCUACUGGCCAGAGUGGAUCAUUGUGGCAAUUCUGGAACUUUUGUGGCUGUGCCUAACAUUUCUGCUGCCAGUGCCUGGAUGUCCUACAGGUUACCUGGGCCCUGGGGGAAUCGGAGAUGAUGGAAAAUACCCUAACUGCACUGGCGGUGCAGCCGGGUACAUUGAUAAGUGGCUGCUUGGAGAAGACCACUUGUACCACCACCCUACGUGUAAGGAGAUGUACAAAACAAUUCAGCCCUUUGAUCCUGAAGGCACAUUGGGUACAAUUAACUCCAUUGUGUUGGCCUUUUUUGGACUUCAGGCCGGGAAGAUUAUCCUAAUGUACCGCCAGCAGCCACUGAGCAUUUUAAAGAGAUUUCUCAUCUGGGCUGUUUUGUUGGGGUUUAUCUCUGCCAUUCUAACCAAAUGUACACAAAAUGAAGGAUUCAUCCCCAUCAAUAAAAAUCUCUGGUCUUUAUCUUUUGUUACUACAUUGAGCAGUUUUUCCUUUGUCUUGCUGGGAAUCAUGUUUUAUGUUAUUGAUGUGAAAAACUGGUGGGGAGGCCAGCCUUUCAUUUUUCCAGGCAUGAAUUCAAUCCUCAUCUACGUUGCAAGCUCCCUGCUGGGGACUUAUUUCCCUUUCAAGUGGGAAAUGAAGUAUGCGGCCUCCCACGCCGAACCACUCUUUCAGCAUCUGCUGGCCACUUCACUCUGGGUGUUAACUGCUUAUCUGCUCUACAAGAAGAAGUUCUUUUUAAAAAUAUGA